AUGGUCGUGCGGCAAGUUGGUGGUAAUUAUUUUGAAAUGGCUAAGGAUACACGUCCGGUGGUAGUGUUUGUGCUUGGUGGUCCGGGAGCGGGUAAGGGGACGCAGUGUGGUUUGGUGGCGAAGCGUUACGGCUUUCAUCAUAUAUCCGCUGGAGACUGUUUACGUGAGGAGCGUGCUCGCGAAGGGAGUGAGUACGGUGCGCUGAUUGAGAAGUAUAUCCGUGAAGGUAUGAUCGUCCCGGUGGAGAUUACGUGCGAGCUACUGCGUAUGAAGAUGCGCGUACUUGGUUGGGAUAAUGGUCGCUUUUUGGUUGACGGUUUCCCGCGUAAUCGAAACAAUCUCGACGGCUGGUAUGCCGCAUGUGCCGGUGACGUCCAGACGGCCUUCUGCCUUAACCUCGAGUGCCCUGAAAGCGUCAUGGAGGAACGCCUCCUGAAAAGAGGCGAAACUUCGGGACGUAUCGACGACAAUAUCGUCUCACUCCGAAAACGCUUCCAAACGUUCCAAAAUGAAACACAGGCCAUCCUCCAACACUUCACAGAAGAAGGCAAAUGCUUCAACGUAGACGCCAACCGACCCGUAGAUGAAGUCUGGAACGACGUUAGCAAGUUCUUCGACAACCUACUCGCAACACCCGCCGACGACUGA